AUGGCCCUGGCCGAGGGCGGCUGGUGCCUGCUGAAGCGCUGCGGUCCCGACGACUCGCCCUGUCCGUUGGCACCCCGGGAGGCGCCGGGCCCUUCGCCGUCGCCGUCCUCGUCCUCGGGCUGCUCCCCCAGCGGGGGCGGGGGCCCGCCCAGCCUCAGGAGCUUCAAGCAGGAGCCCGGAGGCGCCCUCUCCACCUCGCAGCCCAUAGGCCUGGCCGAAGGCCGAGCCUUGCUGGGGCCUUUUGUGUCUCUGGCGGCGGCGGCCGCGGCGCCCUCGAGCCUGCCCAGCUGGGAGGACUUGCUCCUUUUCGCGGACCUGGAUCAGGCCAACAAACUGAUCUGGUCAAGCCGCGCCUCGGCCAAGCUGAGCCCGGAUCCCGCGCCUCCGCCGCCGCCGCCCGCCGUCGAGGACAUGUACCAUCACCCGCACGCCCACCCUCACUCCCAGAGCCUCCAGGGCGGCUCCUAUGACGGCACGUCCCCGGGCAGCGGCGGAGGCGGCUUCAUGCCUUCCACGGCCGGAUCUCCCGUCUACGUGCCCACCACCCGCGUCGGGUCCAUGCUGCCCUACCUCCAGAAUCCCUCGGGCGCGGGACAGGCCGGGGGAGCGUCCGCUUGGCCCCCGCAGGGCGCCCCGGAAAGCCCGUCCCCUUCCUACGGCGGCAGCGGUGGGGGAUGCGCCCACCCAGCCUCGGGCCGUUUCUCCUACCCGGCUGGCAGCCCCCCGGCGUCCAACGGCGGCCCCCGGGAGCCGGCCGCCUACAGCCCGCGCGAGCAGUUCCGGCCGCUGAACGGAUCCUACUACAGCCCCUACGUGGGCGCCCAGUUCAGCCCGCCAGGCUGGGCCAGUCCCUUCGACAACUCCCUGCUGCACUGCCUGCCCGGCCGAGCCGCCACCCUCGCCGUGAGGCCGUCCAGCGCAGAUCUCCUGGAUGAUCUGAAUGAGAGCCGGGAAUGCGUCAACUGUGGCUCCAUCCAGACCCCCCUGUGGAGAAGAGAUGGGACUGGCAACUAUCUUUGCAAUGCCUGUGGGUUGUAUACCAAGAUGAAUGGCCUCAGUAGGCCCCUGAUCAAACCUCAGAAGAGAGUGCCUUCUUCAAGGCGACUGGGCUUGUCCUGUGCGAACUGUCAUACUUCAACCACCACUCUUUGGCGCAGGAAUGCAGAAGGAGAGCCUGUGUGCAAUGCUUGUGGUCUGUACAUGAAGCUUCAUGGGGUGCCCCGACCUCUUGCUAUGAAAAAAGAGGGAAUUCAAACCAGGAAACGAAAGCCAAAGAAUAUAGCUAAGACAAAAUCGUGCUCUGGUAAUAAUAACAAUAAUACUGUUCCUAUGACUCCAACUUCCACAUCUUCUACAAACUCAGAUGACUGUAUAAAAAAUGCUUCCCCAAGCACACAAACAACAGCCUCAGGGGUAAUCUCUUCUGUGAUGUCCAGCCGGGGCGAGAGCACCAGUCCUGAGACUAGCACACUCAAAUAUUCUGGCCAGGAAGGGCUUUACUCCGGUGUCAGCCUGACCUCCACUGCAGAAGUGACAGCCUCUGUGAGACAGGAUUCUUCCUGGUGUGCCUUAGCUCUAGCGUGAAUUGGUGGCAUAUCAAUGCUGGUGUCGAUAUUUGCCCUGGGCUGCAGCCAGUGAUUUGCCCUUGUGCUGGAUAUUUUUGCCUCGAUCAAGCAGUCCAAGAAGCUGUAGCAGUGAGGGCAGGGACAUUUUGCCCAUUAUACCUGCUUCUAGAUACAUUUCGUCCCUGCAACACUGACUCUCCAAGUCACCAGUCUGCAAGAGAUUCAAGGGAGUUGGAACUGCUUUUACUCAACAAGGAGUGCCCUUCUGCACUAUUCAUAGAUCUUCACCAUGACUAUCUAUGCUGCCUUGUGUAUUUGAGGACUGUGUCUUUGUUUCACUCCCACGUGACCAACAUCCAAGAUCUGAUUGAUGUUGACUUUUUUCUUUCUUUUUGUAGACAAAGUAGGCAAAGCUUACAUUACAACGGAUAAUGCAGUCCAGAAGAGCAAUGCAAAUGUGCAUCUUGUCCAUAUGUGUAACUGCAUAUCUUGUACUUGACAGUUUCUGAUCUUUUUCCCAGGUCAGUGUUCUCAGCUAGUGCCUUCUGCUCUAUAUUUUCUGGGUAGUUUUUCUGAAGUAACUUGCGAUAAAGCCCAAUGAAGGAAAACAUUUGGUACACCCUUCUCAAGUUAGAACUUGCUAACAAGAAAGUAUACUAAAAUAUUUGCAUUAUUGUCUUUAAGUAUAUACUGUGAUGGAGGAGGUGGAGCAUCUAUGAUGUGACUGAACUGUAUGUAGUCAGUCAGAAUUU